AAACAAGCCACAAAGACGAAAAGUAAACAAACCACAAAGACGAAGAGUAAACAAACUACUAUUUACGUAGGUAGUGUCGUCACUGAUUACAGCGUAUAGAACAAAUGCUAAGGUCAACUGAACGGUGGUUUUAAUUUCCCUCAGCUAACUUCCAUCAUCAAAACAAGAAAAAAAGAUCAGAAAUAGUGCCUGUAUUGUGUCCUCUACCGGUGAUGAUACGUUUUCCCUUUGAAAACGUCUCUACUCCCCAACCCGCCCCCACGGCCGAUAGAUCCAAGAAAGACCUGCUUAACCGGCUCCACUUUAGCAAUUGAGAGGGUAUCAAUGGAGCAGAUAUCGCAUAAGAAAGCUUCAAAGAGCGAACAGAGGAGACGUGCUCUGAAGGAGUACUACAGGCUCAAGAGGCUUGAAAAGGAGGAUGGGCUCAAGCCGACGGCGGCACAGUCGAACGAAGAUGAACCUCAGGCACCAGAAGACGAACUGGACUUACAAAAGUGUGACUUUAAGACCUUGAUAACGCAGACGAAUAAGCUGAGCCUCAAUAUUAAUACGAUAAGUUCCACUACGAAGAACAUUGUGUAUAACAACUAUUAUGAGCUCAUAAAGUUGAACGAUUUCCUGGAUGAUUUGACACACCUGAACAUAUAUUCUGCCGUUGACGAUGAAGACAAGAAGAAAAAGUCUAAGAAAUCCGUCUUGGAGAUACUGGGAGGUGGUUCUGUGAAUAAAGAGAAAGAUACUGUGGUACCAGAGGAGAUUGACACUUUUCAACGGUUGAGAAGUUUGAUGAACAAGAUUGAAAGCCAUGAUAAGAACACUUUCCAAAAAUACACUGCACCAACAAAUCCCGAUAACGAGAUAUCAAACAUCUUCAACGUUCUUCAACUACACGAAUCCAGCAAAGAAGUUGAAGAGUAUAAGGCAAGACUAUCGGAGACUCUAUCAAAAUGGAUAGAUCAACUACAGGGGUCUGGAAAGGACUCGUUAAUACACCAGUUGAGGGAUUUACAAAAUGCCCUUGUAUAAUAGAUCUCAGUACAUAUAUCGAUUGUAUACAUAUCUUCAAUCCUUCUUUAACUCAAAGUAUUCAGUUCUAACGCCAUCUUUGGUAACAAUCAGAAUCUCCAACCCAUCACCAACGUGGAUGUGUCUCUCCG